AGUCAGCUAUUCAUUCAAGGCCUAAGUCCAGCCAUGAUUUCGAGUCCUGCCACAGUUUCCGUUCGUUGGCCUUUGUCACCUGUUGGUCCUAGUCGAAACGCUCGCCUACUCUUUGAUGCUAGGAGAUCUCACUUCCCUGCCCCACGCCUGUCGCAUUUACGAGGAAGGCGACCUGGAAUCGGCCUCGGCGCCGAUGGCACAGAUAGCACCGAUCGUGAAGGACGAUGGCGUCGUUUAUCUCUAGGAGAAAGGCUCUUGCAGCCUAUACAGCUUUGUUUAGCCAUUUGGUUGCUCCUGCUCCUUCCAGCUGGCCUUGCAUCCUCUCACCUUUGUGGUGGAUGGGCCUUGGGUUUGAUGCCAUUUGAAUAUCUGGCAUUUUUUUUAGUCGGGACUGUUCCCCGUGCCUGGCGAUUUGGAACCUACGCGCGCCCUGCUAAAGGCAAACCUGGUACAAGGCGUCAGGACUUUGUGUUGUUUCUGCUAGCCAUUUUCAUGGCGCACAACAUUGCAGCAGCCACGUUUGUUUGGCAUCGAAAGGUGUUGUGCUCCUGGUGGCAGCUUCCAAGAUUCGCCGCGAUCGUAUUGAAUGGCAGCGCAGCGUGGCACUUGGGGAGGAAUUACGAUCGUGUGGCAGUGUCCUCACAGCUUGUAACCACCGGGCCAUACCGCUUAGUCCGACAUCCGAUUUACACGUCCUACCUCCUUCUUUUCAUCAGUGGCCUCCUGGAUCUGCAGUCUUUGGUUGGAUGUGGUCUUUUGAUUGCAGCGGCUGCGUCCUUCUAUUCACGGCGGAUUGCUGCAGAAGAAGAGCUCCUGGAAGACGUGUUCAAAGAGAAGUGGCGAUCAUUUGCUGCUUCGACGCCAUGGAAAUUGGUACCUUUCAUCUACUAGCGUUGGUCGCGCGGGUCGAAGCUCUCGGACUCAGCGGUGUCAGGAGAAGAGUAUGCGAAGAGUCCUACACUCCGACACGAAUCUCAAGGUGCCAGGUGAACCUGAAACUGCCCAGACAAGGAGGUGUUCACGGACAAACCAAUCUCAAGGUGUCCCGACUAUGGGCGCAGAGCUAGGACAUGAUAAUACUGUGCACGAUCAAGAGAUAGAUUUUGCAGAGAAAGUUGAAGUUGGAGAUCAUACAAACACAUAGACUAUUAGACUGUUUUUUGUCAAGAUACGUGACCUCUGCUGGUAAAAUGGUUUGUG